AUGUCUGCUAUGGAAGUAACAGAAAUACCUGCUGCUGAAUCAGAGCAGAUGAAAGAACAGGUCGAGGAAAUGCAUCAACAAAAAGUUGAGGAAGCUAGAAAGGAGGAAAUACCAGUUCAGGAUGAAGCAACAAAAGCAGUUGAUAGUACACUCUCGCAUCCAUCAGCUACUUCCGAAAACAUUGAAUCAGGUGCAGAAUCAGAAAAGAAGGAUGCAUCUCAAACUGGUGGAGAGAGUGGAAGUGGUGAUACUGCCGCAGCGGCAAGCACCACCAUCCCGACGCGCCAAUAUCUGGAUCAGACCGUUGUUCCAAUUUUGUUGCAAGCCCUGGGUGCAUUGGCUAAAGAACGUCCACCGAAUCCGAUUGAAUACUUGGCGAAUUAUUUACUUAAGGAGAAGGAUCGUUUUUCGACAUCAUUCAAUCAGCAACAACAGCAAAAUGAAUCCAGCCAUUAA